AUGGCUGCUGUUACCGGAUCCAAUGUCGUUGCUUUGAAAUCCGCCGCGAAAUUCGGAGAUUGCAGUGACCGAAAAUUUGUUCAAAUUCGGCAAUGGUCUCCGAUUUCUGGUGUAAUCGAAUCCGUUCAGACUCGGCCGUGCAUCGGACUCAAGUGCAGAUCGAGGAGAUCGUUUGCUUCCUCCGGUGUAAGAGCUCAGGUUGCGACUGUUGAACAAGCUAGCAUUGAAGCAGCUCAAAAAGUGGAAGCUCCCGUAGCCAUAGUUACUGGAGCUUCUAGAGGAAUUGGUAAAGCAGUUGCAUUGACCUUAGGAAAAGCAGGUUGCAAGGUCCUAGUAAAUUAUGCUAGAUCAUCAAAGGAGGCUGAGGAAGUUUCAAAAGAGAUUGAAUCAUAUGGUGGUCAGGCUGUUACUUUUGGUGGAGAUGUUUCAAAAGAAGCUGAUGUGGAGGCAAUGAUAAAAACUGCUGUUGAUGCAUGGGGAACCGUUGAUAUAUUGAUAAACAAUGCAGGAAUUACUCGGGAUACUUUGUUGAUGAGAAUGAAGAAAUCACAAUGGCAGGAGGUUAUUGAUCUGAAUCUGACAGGAGUGUUUCUUUGUACACAGGCAGCAGCCAAAAUUAUGAUGAAGAAGAAAAAGGGAAAAAUAAUUAAUAUAGCAUCAGUUGUUGGUCUGGUUGGCAAUGUUGGGCAAGCCAACUACAGUGCCGCUAAAGCCGGAGUUAUUGGCUUGACAAAGACUGUCGCAAAGGAAUAUGCCAGCAGAAACAUUAAUGUCAAUGCUGUUGCACCUGGAUUCAUUGCAUCUGAUAUGACUGCCAAGCUUGGGGAAGACAUUGAGAAGAAAAUCUUGGAAACAAUCCCCUUAGGAAGGUAUGGUCAACCAGAAGAAGUUGCCAGCCUGGUGGAAUUUUUGGCCCUAAACCCUGCUUCCAAUUAUAUCACAGGACAGGUGUUAACUAUUGAUGGGGGAAUGGUCAUGUAAAAUUGCUACCCUUCCUCAUUAAGCUUUCAGCAGGUAGUUCUGCAACGACAUCUAAACUCUAAUUAAUAUAGCUUGUUUAGUGGAUUGCUGUUGUUAAUAUAGCUUUUGUAGUUUUUUUUUUUUUUUAACAAACAAGAAUUUCCAAAAUUUGGCAGUAUUUAACUUAAAGCAGCAUGUUGUAAAACCAAAUGAAGAGCUAUGUUGUAGGCUUCAUUUGGAUUUAAUGGAAGCGUGGUUUUUGAGCA